GGUGAGGGAGCCAUGGCUGCUGCAGGGGGUCAAAUCCAGAAUCUUUGUGAUGAAGCCACUUGCUCCAUCUGCCUGGAUUACUUCAAUGAUCCAGUGACCAUCGCAGAGUGUGGGCACAACUUCUGCCGAUCCUGCCUGUACAUGUGUUGGGAGGAAUCGGAGGCAGGGGCUUCCUGCCCUCAAUGCAGACAAAGAGUUCAGAGAAGGAACCUCAUCUGCAACCGGCAACUGGCUAACGUGGUAGAAAUAGCCCAGAAUCUCAGCCUUCAAGAGGGAGAGGGAGGAGGAGUCUGCGAAGAUCACCAGGAGCCCCUGAAGCUCUUCUGCAAAGUCCACGAAGCCCCCAUCUGCCUGGUGUGUGACAGAUCAAAGGAACAUGAAAAUCACAAGGUGAUUCCUCUGAAGGAGGCUUUCAAGGAAUACAAGGGAGAGAUCUGUCACCACCUGAAGAUUCUGAGGGGAGAGAGAGAUGAAAUUCUGGCCUAUCAAGCAGACCUGGACGAGGAAAGCAAAGACCUCCUGGAAAUAACAGAAAUGCAGAGGCUGGAGACUGUGGAGAAGUUCAGACAACUGCACCAGCUCCUGGAAGAAGAAGAAAAACGUCGAAUGAAUCAUGUGGAAGAGGUGAAGAAGGAGAUUGCAGGGAAAAGGGAUGAGCAGCUGGCCAGACUCUCCAGGAAACUCUCCUCUCUUGAGAAGAUCAUCCAGGAGAUGGAGAAAAAGUGUCAGCAGUCAGCGAGUGAACUCCUGCAGGAUGUGAGAAGCACCUUGGAGAGGUAUGAGAACAGAGAGAGUCCAGAGAAGCCACUGCCUUUCCCUCCAGAACUGAGGAACUGGAUCUUGGAAUCCUGUGAACUAAAUCACCUUGUGGAGGAUGCAAUUAAACAACUGAAGGCAAAUGUGACUCUGGAUCCAGACACAGCCCACCCCUGCCUCAUCCUGUCCGAGGAUCGAAAAAGUGUCAGAUUGGGAGAUGAAAGGCAAGACCUGCCCACCAAUCCUGAGAGAUUCAACAAGUGGCCUUGUGUGUUGGGACUUGAGGGAUUCACAGCAGGCAGACAUUUCUGGGAAGUCAAUGUGGAAAGUGCGGAAUGGUGGGAAGUGGGGGUUGCCAGGAAGUCUGUGGGGAGAAAGGGCUACUUCUCCGUAAGGGAUGAGGGAGGAAUCUGGGCUGUGGGGAAGUGGGGAGAUGAGUAUAUGGCCUGCACUUCCCAUCUUGACUCUCCUCUGUCCCUGAAUGAGAAGCCCAGGAGGAUCCGGGUGACUCUGGGCUAUGAAGGGGGACGUGUGUCUUUUUCUGACGCUGACUCAGGAGCUGAACUCUACACGUUCUCAGGAGCCUCGUUCUCUGGAGAGACCCUCCUCCCUUUCUUUCGUCUGUGGGAAAAUGAAACCCACCUCAGUAUCUCCUGGAAGGGAAACUCCCAGUGGUUGAAUGGUGAGGGAGCCAUGGCUGCUGCUGGGGGUCACAUCCAGAAUCUUUGUGAUGAAGCCACUUGCUCCAUCUGCCUGGAUUACUUCAAGGAUCCAGUGACCAUCCCAGAGUGUGGGCACAACUUCUGCCGAUCCUGUUUGAUCGAGUGCUGGGGGGAAUCGGAGGCAGAGGCUUCCUGCCCUCAGUGCAGGCAAAGAGUCCGGAGAAGGAGCCUCAUUCCUAAUCGGCAACUGGCAAACUUCGUAGAAUUAAUCGAGAAUCUCAGGGAUCAAGGAGGGAAGGCGGAAGAAGGAAAAGGGAGACUCUGUGAGAAGCAUCAGGAGCCCCUGAAACUCUUCUGCAAGGAGGAUGAAGCCCCCAUUUGCGUGGUGUGUGACAGGUCCAAGGAGCACAAACAUCACGAAGUGAUUCCUCUAGAGGAGGCUUUCGAGGAGUACAAGGGAGAGAUCUGUCACCACCUGAAGAUUCUGAGGAAAGAGAGAGAGGAAAUUCUGGCCUAUCAAGCAGACCUGGACAAGGAAAGCAAAGACCUCCUGAAAUUAACAGAAACGGAGAGGCUGAAGACUGUGGAGAAGUUCAGACAACUGCGCCAGUUCCUGGAAGAAGAAGAAAAGCGUCUCCUGAAUCAUGUGGAAGAGGUGGAGAAGGAGAUUGCAGGGAAAAGGGAUGAGCAGCUGGCCAGACUCUCCAGGAAUCUCUCCUCCCUUGAGAGGAUCAUCCAGGAGAUGGAGGAAAAGUGUCAGCAGCCAGCGAGUGAACUCCUGCAGGUAAGACGGUGGCAGGAACAGCCCAAGGCUCCAGGAAAAGGCUGCCUCCUAUCCUUUAUGUGCCCCUUUCAUGUAUACAAGGAGUUCAGGGGCUCAGUUGAUGGAGCCUCUAGUCAGAUUUGUAAUGGACAGGAAGACCCAAGAGACCUGGGAUGCUUAACUCACCAGAAUGAUGGAGAAGGUGCCAGAAUGGGGCCAUUCAUUGUUUUUCUUUUCACCAGGUAUGAGAAAAGAGAGAGUCCAGAGAAGCCACUGUCUUUCCCUCCAGAACUGAGGAACAGGAUCUUGGAAUCCUGUGAUCUAAAUCACCUUGUGCAGGAUACAAUGAAACAAUGGAAAGAUGCUGUGUUAAACAGAAAACAGAUUCAAAAGGCAAAUGUGACUCUGGAUCCAGACACAGCCCAUCCUGAACUCAUCCUGUCGAAGGAUCUGAAAAUCCUGCGAAGGGGAGACAAAAAUCAAGACCUGCCCAACAAUCCUGAGAGAUUCAAUGAGCAGCUUUCUGUGUUGGGACGUGAGGGAUUCACAGCAGGCAGACAUUUCUGGGAAGUCAAUGUGGAAAGUGCGGAAUGGUGGGAUGUGGGGGUCGCCAGGAAGUCUGUGAGGAGAAAGGGCGGCUUCCCCUUAAAGCCUGAGGAGGGGGUCUGGGCUGUGGGGAAGUGGCUUGGUGAGUACUGGCCCUGCACCUCCCCUGAUGACUCUCCUCUGUCCCUGAGGAAGAAGCCCAGGAGGAUCCGGGUGACUCUGGACUAUGAAGGGGGACGUGUGUCUUUUUCUGACGCCGACUCAGGAGCGGAACUCUACACGUUCUCAGGAGCCUCGUUCUCUGGAGAGACCCUCUUCCCUUUCUUUCAUCUGUGGGGGAUUAAAACCCACCUCAGUAUCUCAUGAGGAGACAAAAUCUGCCUCUCAGGCCCAGCAGGAGUUUCUCUCCAGACCAGAGUGACUGAUAUAAAAAACAUUUACCUGCCAAGAGCACGUUGGGCAGUUUUUCAAGGGGACUUUGAGAGGAUUCAUUCCAGUCAAAAUCAGCAGAAAUAACAAAACAAAAAUGGGUUGUUAUGGCUUUGCAUUUUCCUUCCUUUUCCCGUAAUUCCCUCUGCAGCUUACUUCUUAAAGAGAUAGUAAUACUUUUACCGUAACAGUCCCAAUAAGUAAUAUUUUCCUCACCUUUGGCAGAGCACAAGACUUUUAAUCCGAGGGGUGUGGGUUUGAGCCACACGUUGGGCAAAAAAUUCCUGCACUGCAGGGGGUGGGACUAGAUGACCCUUAGGGUCCCCCACAACUCUGCAAUUCUAGGAAACCUUCCUCUCCCCACAAGACCUUAUGCAGCUGUGAAAAUGCAUGCAUCAUUGGAUUAACAGAGGACUAAAAAAUGAACCCCUUCACCCAUGUCAGGUAGGAUAGCUCCUUCCUCUGGAGACCUUAGACAGGAAGAAAAUGUAAAAGAAAUUGAACAGGGCAUCUGCUUCAAAUGCCCUCUGCAAAUACAGCCUCGCCAUCUCCACACUUUGUCAGAAAUAAACCUCAUUGCAUUGAGUGGGGCUUCUGCCCUGUUAUAAAUGUGUUUUGGGUUGAUGCAUUGACGUUCCUUAUUUACAAGCUAGAUCCUGUCUAUCGGGGGCAUCAAAUGGGGUGUCCUCUGGAUAGUGCUGGACUCUUAAUCUAAGGGUCACCAGAUUGAGCACCACGUUGGGCAAAAGAUUCCUCCAUUGCAGAGAUCCAUACUAGAUUACCCUUGUGGUCCCUUCCAACUCUGCAAUUCCAUGAUUUUAAGUUGGUUGCCAUCUCUGCCUUCCAAUGGCAGUGAGUUCAAU